CCAUACUCGAAAAGUGGUCUCCACUCUUACAAUUGCCAUCGAAGACCCUAUUGUUAUACUGCAACAAUUGAUUUUGCGACCCAAACAUUACACAACAUGAACACCGACGACCCUUCUCCAAAUCCAACCACCACUGGUCUCAUCAUAUUGAACACCGAAACCAUCCGCUCAUUCCUCACCUCCGCCUCCGACGACUCCUACCUCUCCGAUGAUCUCCGACGCACCGCUUCCAGUCUCUCCAUCCAACCCUCCCUUCCCUACAAAUCCAUCCGAUCCCUCUGGUUCGCAUCCCCACCUUCCUCUCGACCCGACUUGAUCCAACUCUUCUCCGGAUCCCAUUUCAUCUUCACCAGCCCUAAACCCAGAGAAAAGAGUGAAGAAUUGAAGGCAAGGCUGAGGAAGCUAGCGGAGGCUGCGGAGAGGAAUGCAUACGCGGAGCUUGUGAAGGACAUUACGCCGAGGAAGAGCGAGACUGAACCUUUCUCUUCUUACAAGGAUCAGCUUGGGUUUGGUAUACACGUUGUGCUUAUAAUGUUUACUGGCUAUUUGGUUGGAUAUGCUGCAUUCAGAGCAUUGUUUAACCACAGUCCUAUUAUGAAUGCUGCUGGAGGCAUCCUUGGAUUGGUUGGUGGAAUGCUCCUAGAGACACUUCUUUUCAUAAUUAGAACUUCCAAUCAAGAUCUUAGAUCCCCACCUUCCACUUCAAAGGUGAAGAAGAAUCAAUAGACUUGGCCUUGGAAGGAGGUGGAUAUUGUAUCGUUUUGGUGUGCCGAGCCCAACGCGAGUCCUGUGUUAGGUCUUCAUGCUGUGCUCCAAAAUGGUGGGUGUUUUUUUUGCACAAAACCAUGCAGAGGACCCCUCCAAACAGGAAGGGAUCAUGGUCUGUUGUGAACAUCAUACAGAUUGUGUGGAAAUUAAGCACUUGCAUUUUCUUAUCACCAAGACUGUUUUACAACUAGGUAGUGUUGGGUUGCUGAAAUUUACAAAGAAGGUGAUUCUGCUGUGUGUGUAUAUUAGCUUUGCGAGACUAACACUGUUGAGAAGGUACGAAUGAUAGAAUGAUGUGGUGUUUGGUUCUUGCAAUUAGUGAGCUAAAUCCACCAGUGAACGUGUUACAUGAAACUAUGUUCGUGAACACAUCUAGUCUACACUUGUUUAGUUUAACGAAGUUUGGAAUCGACUCGUUUACUAAAAUAAACUUAAAAAUUAAGCUUACUUGAUGAAAGAGUUCCAGCUGAAUAUUAAAUGAAUAGUUUGAGUUGUUCAUUGAGGAAUGUCAAGCAGUCACAAGCACAGUCUCUCGAUUUGUGAGCCCCACCAUGGAUCUUACUGUAAUUAACAAAGCUCUUAGUUGAUUUGCAACUUGAACGGGUAGUGUUCAACUUUUUUUAAUUGUUAACCAUCAUUUCUGUUGACUUUAUGUUA